CAACAGACGUUGUCUUGUGCUUGGAUUCGGCAAACGUCCGGAGAUCUUAGUGAGGCCACUUUCUGCUCCACAGCUCCGGAAGGCGGUGCAGAGCUACCGGGUGUGCGGUGGACCACUACCCAACUCCGCCAUCUACCUUCUUUGUCUUAGGAUCACGCUAAAUUCUCCGAAUCUGUCCCCCCAUUUCCGCCGUACUCUCCACGUUUUUCCUGUGAACUUGCUGAGAAAAGAGAACUUAUCUGAGAUUUCCUUUGAUUUCUGAAGUGAAUACUAGACCUAAAACUGCUCGUUUACUCGCAUCUCUUUUCUCAGUGGAGUUUCUUCUUUGUGGUCUUCAAUGAAGAUUUCAGAGCCCAUCACUCCAGGACAGGUGUCGCUGCUUCUCGGAUUCAUCCCAAUAUUUGCGGCUUGGGUGUAUUCGGAGCUGUUGAAGUACUGGAAGAACUCGGGUUCUUCACAUGGCAGGAUUUCUGAUGCCAAUUUGGUUGGAUUGGACAUCAGCCCACCUGUUGAAGAAGCUAAAAUUCAGUUAUUAGAAGGAGGUCUCUCAGCAGCUUCUUCAAAACCUCGCAAAGCAUCGGCAAGCCUUGUCAGAUUUUUUUUGAUGGACAACGAUUUCUUGCUAGAGAACCGUUUGACAUUACGAGCCAUAUCAGAAUUUGGAGCUUUCUUGGCUUGCUUUUACAUCUGCGAUCGUACAAAUCUCCUUGGAGAGUCAGCAAAGAAUUACAACAGGGAUAUUUUCCUGUUUCUCUACUUUCUUCUCAUCAUUGUUGCAGCAAUGACAUCUCUUACGGUCCACCAUGAUAAAUCACCAGUCUCGGGAAAAUCCAUUCAGUAUCUCAAUAGGCAUCAGACUGAGGAAUGGAAGGGGUGGAUGCAGGUACUGUUUCUGAUGUACCACUACUUUGAAGCAAAAGAAAUUUAUAAUGCAAUUCGUGUUUUUAUUGCUGCCUAUGUGUGGAUGACUGGCUUCGGAAACUUCUCUUAUUACUAUGUCCGGAAGGAUUUCAGCCUUGCACGGUUUGCUCAGAUGAUGUGGCGACUUAAUUUCUUUGUGGCAUUUUGCUGCAUUGUCCUUGAUAACCAUUACAUGCUAUAUUACAUUUGCCCCAUGCAUACCUUCUUCACUCUAAUGGUUUAUGGCACACUUGGACUGUUAAACAAAUACAAUGAACAUGGGUCAGUUAUCGCAGUCAAAAUCACAGCCUGCUUUCUUGUUAUUAUUCUGGUAUGGGAGGUUCCUGGUGUGUUUAGUAUUGUGUGGAGCCCAUUUGCAUUUCUUCUAUCUUACCAAGAUCCAGAUCCUUCGAGAACACAAUAUCCGCCCAUGCAUGAAUGGCAAUUCCGUUCGGGUCUCGAUCGCUAUAUAUGGAUAGUGGGAAUGAUAUAUGCCUACUAUCAUCCGACGGUGGAAAGGUGGAUGGAAAAACUCGAAGAAACUGAAGUGAAGCUGAGAAUAACAAUCAAAACAACAAUAGCAUCAAUGUGCCUAACGAUUGGUUACUUCUGGUAUGAGUAUGUUUACAAGCUGGACAAGUAUACCUAUAAUGCAUACCACCCUUACACAUCAUGGAUCCCAAUAACUGUGUACAUUUGCUUGCGGAACAUCACUCAGCAAUUUCGAGGCUAUACCCUUACCCUAUUUGGAUGGCUUGGAAAGAUAACAUUGGAGACUUACAUAUCUCAGUUCCACAUCUGGCUAAGAUCAGGAGGGCCUGAUGAACAGCCUCGAAUGCUGCUGUCUCUUAUUCCCAAUUACCCAAUGCUCAAUUUCAUGCUCACCACUGCCAUAUAUAUCACAGUUGCUCGUAGAAUAUUUGAAUUAACGAACAACCUGAAGAUUGUGUUUCUACCGAGCAGGGACAACAAGUGCCUCGCCUAUAACUUAACUGCAGGAGUUAUCAUCUCAAUAACCUUGUAUGCUUUAUCCUUGGUGCUACUCAGCCUUCCAAAGAUGCUGGCAUAAGAUGUCUGUUUUUGGGUUGUCCAUAGAAGUAACAAAUCCUGAAUGGGUCGAUUAAAUUCUGACAAAGCUUAUUGUUACAUCCAGUAUCUAUGAUCGUUCUUGUUGAAUUUGACCUCCAACUGAGGAGUCUGUGGAGUAGCCUCCAAGCUUCUUCCUCCAUAUCAAGGCUAGGUGCUGAUGUACUUCUCUAUUUCAUUUGUUGUGAUAAAUCAGUAUAAAUGUUGUGUUUGUGCUUCAAAUAUCCUUAUUGUGUAAAUCAUAGCAGCACGAAUUGUUCUAUUCUGUAAAAGUGAAUAUCAUAUUAUCAUGAGACGUAGAAAGAAAUAGGUGGAUAUCCGUGCACUGACAUCAGAACUCUAAGAAUGUAUAAUCUCUGCUGCAGGGGUCAUAAGAAUUCCGAAGCAGAAGUUGGUAAAUUGUUGUAAUGGUUGAAUGACAGAUUCUUACAA